AUGGAUCCUCAUAGCCCUAUUGUUCUAGAUCAAGGUACCGGUUUUGUUAAGAUCGGUAGAGCUGGGGAGAACUUCCCAGAUUUUACAUUCCCAUCUAUUGUUGGGAGACCGAUCUUGAGAGCCGAAGAACGUGCCAUUACAACUACACCUUUGAAGGAUAUAAUGAUUGGUGAUGAAGCUAGUGAUGUACGUUCAUAUUUGCAAAUUUCAUACCCUAUGGAAAAUGGUAUAAUUAAAAAUUGGACUGAUAUGGAAUUACUAUGGGAUUAUGCAUUCUAUAAUCAAAUGAAACUACCAACUACGAGUAAUGGAAAAAUUCUUCUUACUGAACCGCCUAUGAAUCCUGUGAAAAACAGAGAACAAAUGUGUGAAGUAAUGUUUGAAAAAUAUGAUUUUGGUGGAGUCUACGUGGCGAUUCAGGCCGUUCUAGCGUUAUAUGCGCAAGGUCUAUCCUCUGGUGUUGUUGUCGAUUCAGGGGAUGGUGUUACGCACAUUGUUCCUGUGUAUGAAUCAGUCGUAUUGAAUCACUUAACAAGAAGACUUGAUGUUGCUGGUAGAGACGUAACUAGACAUAUGAUUGACCUUUUGUCACGUCGUGGAUAUACUUUCAACAGAACGGCAGAUUUUGAAACUGUGCGCCAAAUUAAAGAAAAAGUUUGUUAUGUAUCGUAUGAUUUGGAUUUGGACACUAAACUGGCUCGUGAGACAACAACUUUAGUUGAGGAUUAUGAAUUACCAGAUGGUAGAAUAAUUAAAGUUGGCCAGGAGAGAUUCGAGGCUCCAGAAUGUUUGUUCCAGCCAAAUCUAGUUGAUGUCGAACAAGCUGGUGUAGGAGAAUUGCUAUUCAACACUAUUCAAUCUGCAGACGUCGACGUGAGAUCAUCCUUGUAUAAAGCCAUUGUUUUGUCCGGUGGUUCUAGUAUGUACCCCGGUUUACCUUCCAGAUUAGAAAAAGAAUUGAAACAGUUAUGGUAUACCAGAGUAUUGCAUAACGAUCCUUCCAGACUAGAUAAAUUCAAAGUGAGAAUCGAGGAUCCUCCAAGAAGAAAACAUAUGGUGUUUAUUGGUGGUGCCGUGCUGGCUAGUAUUAUGGCUGACAAGGAUCAUAUGUGGCUAUCUAAACAAGAAUGGCAAGAAGGUGGUGCACAAUCCAUGGCUAAAUUUGGUCCAAGGUAA